AUGACUGCGACCUGCGAAAUUUUUAUCACAGCAGUUUUCCCCAAGAUGAAUGAAGAUCGUUGGAUCAUUGAAUGCCAUAACGAUGGUCAUAAUCAUGACAUGUUGGAAGACGACAAAAAAUUAUGUCUUGUCAAGAACCGCCAGCUCCAUUACGAACAGCAACGUACGAUUGAUGAGGUGCACGUUGCAAACGCCAAGACAUCCGCUAUUGUCGCGGCCGUAAACAACGUCAAGUGCACCAAGACGAGAGAGAGUGCAAAGGACAUCACUAACCAACCUGCUCUGUUCGCACGUGCAUUAAACAAACGUGAAAAUCAACGUCACAUGAAUCGCUUCAUUCGCAAUUUCGAAGAGAAGGGGAGCAGUUUAUCAAACACGUAUGAAGAGAUUGGAAGCGAAAGGAUCGAAGAUGGGUUUCAUGAAUUACUCUGUCGAUUUGGCAUGGGUACGGACGAAACCAAGAUGACAUAUGAUCGGUUUUUUAAGACACUCAAGACAAAGGAAGAAUAUGACCAGGUAUUCAGCAGCCAGACAAACAGUAAUAGAUGGGACAAUGUAGCUAUCCGCAAGGAUGUUGUCAUUCCUCUCUCCUCUGUGGACGCAAGAUGGAUUGUCGGAAAAUUGGCCUGGAGUAAUAACUCGAACCCUCUUGAGAGUGUGCACCAGUUGUUGUCAGCAGAAAUGUACACUAAGACGAAUGCAACUGACACUAAUUUGCACACGCUUCGACAGGACAUAGAAGAAGUACCAUUUGAGCAUGUACGAAAAGAAAAACUUGAUGUUAUCAGCCACACGGUUGACAGCAUCAAUGACAAAUUUCGAUGUCAAGUUUUACAGCCUUUGAAAAAGAAGGAACUGGCACUCAAGCAAGUGACAUUCGAUGAUUCUACCAUCAUUGAAGAUAGUAUCAAGCUUUAUUUAAUCUUGCGCUGCGUUGGAAUGCUUCAGUUCAUGCUGAAGCACGUCGCUUCGGUGACAAAAGUUCUUGGCGAAGGAAAUUGUGGUUUUCGUUCCGUUGCUGCUUAUGUAGGAGGAGAUGAAGUCAUACGAGUUGCGCUGUCUCUUGUUGACGAACUCUUAGGUGCCUUCGAGAAGGAUGAGGUUGCUUCUUUGCUGUUCCGUUUUGGAGUACCAGAACACUAUUAG